AUGUGGAGGCUGAAAGUAGCAGAUGGGGGCAAUGACCCUCACAUAUUCAGCACAAACAACUUUGUGGGAAGGCAGAUUUGGGAGUUUGAUCCGGCGGCAGGCACUCCAGAGGAGCGGGCGGAGGUGGAGGCGGCCCGCCUUAACUUCUUUAACAAUCGCCAUCAGGUUAAGCCCAGCAGCGACCUCCUUUGGCGUAUGCAGUUCUUAAGAGAGAAAAGAUUCGAGCAAAAAAUUCCACCAGUUAAGGUUGAGGAUGGUGAAGUGAUAACACAUGAGAAGGCCACAAAAGCACUAAGGAGAGCUGCUCACUUCUUUUCAGCCUUGCAAGCUAGUGAUGGACAUUGGCCUGCCGAAAAUGCCGGUCCAUUGUUUUUUGUUCCUCCUUUGGUCAUGUGUCUCUACAUUACAGGACACCUUAAUAGCAUAAUCACAGCUGAGCACCGUAAAGAAAUUCUUCGCUACAUAUACUAUCAUCAAAAUGAAGAUGGUGGAUGGGGAUUGCAUAUUGAGAGUCCAAGCACCAUGUUUUGUACAACUCUAAAUUACAUUUGUAUGCGAAUUCUUGGAGAAGGACCUGAUAAUAAUGGGGGCCAAAAUAAUAAUGCUUGUGCAAGAGCUAGACAAUGGAUUCUUGAACAUGGUGGUGUCACAUACAUUCCUUCUUGGGGAAAAUUUUGGCUAUCGAUACUUGGAGUGUUUGAAUGGACCGGCACCAACCCAAUUCCCCCAGAAUUUUGGCUUCUUCCUUCAUUUCUUCCUAUGCAUCCAGCUAAAAUGUGGUGCUAUUGUCGAAUGACUUAUAUGCCCAUGUCGUAUUUAUAUGGAAAAAGAUUUGUGGGUCCAACUACAACCCUUAUUCUAGAGUUGAGGGAGGAACUUCAUACUCAACCAUAUAAUGAGAUUAAUUGGAACAAUGUGCGCAAUUUAUGUGCUAAGGAGGAUCUAUAUUAUCCUCAUCCAUGGAUACAAGAUUUAUUCUGGGAUACUCUAUACACAUGCGCCGAGCCUCUUCUAACCCGUUGGCCUUUGAACAAAUUUAUUAGAGAGAGAGCUCUCCAAGUAACAAUGAAGCAUAUUCAUUAUGAAGAUGAGAACAGCCGGUAUAUUACCAUAGGAUGUGUAGAAAAGGUAUUGUGUAUGCUUGCUUGUUGGGUUGAAGAUCCAAAUGGGGACUAUUUUAGAAAACACCUUGCCAGAAUCUCAGAUUACAUAUGGGUUGCUGAAGAUGGAAUGAAGAUGCAGAGUUUUGGUAGUCAGGAAUGGGAUACUACUUUUGCAAUUCAAGCUUUGCUUGCUAGCAAUCUGAUUGAUGAAGUUGGUGAAACACUUGCAAGAGGCCAUGACUUUAUAAAGAAAUCUCAGGUCAAAGAAAAUCCCUCAGGUGACUUUAAAAGCAUGUAUCGCCACAUUUCUAAAGGAUCAUGGACAUUUUCUGAUCAAGAUCAUGGAUGGCAAGUUUCUGAUUGUACUGCAGAUGCUUUGAAGUGUUGCUUGAUAUUCUCAUUAAUGCCACCGGAGAUUGUUGGCGAGAAGAUGGAAGUUGAGAGAUUAUAUGAUGCUGUUAAUGUUCUACUUUCUUUACAGAACAAAAAUGGUGGCAUUGGAGCUUGGGAGCCUUCAGAUGCACAAGCUUGGUUGGAAGUGCUUAAUCCGGUUGAAUUUCUUGAAGACAUUGUGAUUGAGCAUGAUUAUGUAGAAUGCACUUCAGCAGCAAUACAAGCUUUAGUUUUAUUUCAAAGGCUAUAUCCGGGACACAGGAGAAAGGAAAUUGAAAAUUUUAUAAACAAUGCUAUUCGGUAUCUUGAAGGCAAACAACUUCAAGAUGGUUCUUGGUAUGGAAACUGGGCAGUUUGCUUCAUAUAUGCUACAUGGUUUGCACUUGGAGGAAUGGCAGCAGCUAGUAAGACCUACAAAAAUAGUGCAACCAUACGCAAAGGAGUGGAAUUUUUACUUGGAACACAAGGAGAUGAUGGUGGUUGGGGAGAGAGUUACCUUUCAUGCCCAAAGAAGGAAUAUGUGGCACUUCCAGAAAAUCGAUCAAAUCUAGUGCAUACAGCAUGGGCUAUGAUGGGUCUCAUACAUGCUGGACAAGCAGAAAGAGACCCAACGCCUCUUCACCGCGCAGCAAAACUGAUUAUCAAUUCUCAGAUGGAAAAUGGUGAUUUUCCACAACAGGAAAUAACAGGAGCUUUCAAGAUGAACUGUAUGCUACAUUAUGCAGCAAACAGAAAUAUUUUUCCAUUGUGGGCACUUGCAGAAUAUCAUAGACGAGUACCAUUGUCUUGCAAACCCUAA